AUGAUGCGCAAAGUUGUACCACGCAGCGUUGGUAUUGACACAGAUCGUGGUUUCUUACCGAAUCUCCCCCCACCAUAUACAUUUACAGGUGCACGACCUGAGCAGACAAGGACAAAAACCUCCGACUUCACAACGACCAGCACAAUUCUAGUGGGCUCCGAACUCACACCCUUCCAAAUUCACACUAGCCUCCUUAUAUCGAAAUCCUCCUACUUCCGCGCCGCACUCAAUGGCCCGUUGGUAUUCAUAGAAUCAGAAACCAACAGUACAACACUUGACGAUGUCUCUGUUGAGCACUUCCAAAUCCUCGUCACCUGGCUCUACACCUCCAUUCUGUCCACUCCUUUCAAAGACGAAAAGCCAGCAUACUAUACUCUCCUCCAUGUCUACGCUCUGGCCGAUCGACUAGCUCUAGAAGGCGCCAGGAAUGCUGUCGUGGACGCGAUUAGCGAUCUAGCUGAUGAGACGAAUAGUGUCCUGACACCUUCUGAUACUCGUAUUCUGUACGAAGAAAUUCGUGAUUCGUCACCCUUACGCACCCUCGUUCUCGAUCUCUUCGCUUUCAAGAAAACGGAUCGAUUGAUAGACUCGCACGGGGAUUGGUGGCACGAGGAUUUUCUUCGCGAUCUGACUGUGCAUUUGAAGAGGCCAUGUGCGCAGGCUAUGCAGAGGCAUCGGUUGCGGAUGUGGUGUCCGGUAUCGUGGCAUACUACUCGUGCUUGCGACUGUUGUGGCAUCGUGCUGCCACCUAGGUUUGGGGCGGUGGCUUGUGAAGACUGUUGUGUUGCGUUUUGUACACGGUGUGUGGAGGGCAGUGUUGCAAUGGCAAGGUGGGAGGAUGGGAGAGGGAGACUCGAGGUUUUAGAGGAGCAGGAAGAUGUUGCAGGUGGUGUAACCGGGGAGGUAAAGAAAUGGGACGCAUGUAAGCCAUGGAGGGGAGCAAGGUGUGCGCUUUAUCAUGAGCAUGCUGAGACAGAGAGUUGUGCAGAUGUCUUUCUGGGGAGAUGA